AAAGGUAAGAAGGUUAUGCACGACCCGAUGGCUAUGCGUCCCUUCAUGGGAUACAACUUUGGGAAAUACUUGCAACAUUGGGUCAACUUGGAAAAGGGACACAAAGUGCCUAAAAUUUUCCAUGUGAAUUGGUUCCGUAAGUCGGCCGAAGGUAAAUUCUUAUGGCCUGGUUACGGUGACAAUAUUCGAGUGCUGGAUUGGAUUUUACGACGAUGUGAUGGCGAUGAAGCGAUCGGCGUUAAGACGGCUGUUGGCAUUGUACCGGCUGAGGGGUCGAUCAAUCUUACGGGUCUUUCGGAUAUUAAUACAAAGGAACUGAUGAGUAUUCCGGCAGACUAUUGGAAGGAAGAUGCCAAGGAAGUGCGCACCUUCUUUGAGAACCAAAUUGGUCCGGAUCUUCCAGCCGAAAUCCGAGCUCAACUCGACGAACAAGAAAAGAGGAUCAAUGCUCUCUAA